CCUUCCCCUGGAUGAGCGUCUCUCCUGCAACCCUCAUGCAACCGUCUUUUUAUCGCGAAUAGUGUUUUCUCCCAGUGAUCUUCCCUUCACAAUGUUUGACAAUCCUAUGAAAUGACGGGAAUUACCGGCAAGGAUGGCUUAAUUAAAACACAUCAUCAUGUGAAGACCAUCAAUUCAUAAGUGAUGUGGUUUCUGGCCCUGCUUCUCGCCUUUAUGGCGAGCGGCUCUGCAUGUCCUGAUCUUUGCAAAUGCCAUCCAGCGUUAGUGACUUUGCAAGUGACAUGUACCGGCAAAGUGCCCUCGCCGCUACACCUCCCGCCCAGCAUCCAGAGGCUGGAACUACACGGCGCCGAGGAAUUCGAGGUAAGGUCCUUCCUCGACGGAUUUGAUAAUUCCACAUUAAGACUUUCGCGCCUUCAGGAACUCGUCUUGACUAACUGCUCGCUUGAGACGUUGAAUGUGACGUGGAGUGGGCUCGAAGAAGUGCGGGAGUUGAAUCUUUCACACAAUAACAUCGUACAGGUGCGCGAUGUGAGAGCGAGUGACGCGGAGUGCAUGUGCAAUGUGACAGUUCUUGACUUGUCAAAGAAUUGCAUUAGUGAUAUUGUUGAGGAUGAGUUCAGGACAUUUCCGAGUCUGACUUGGCUCAAGAUGAGAAACAAUGUGAUAUGGAACGUAUCAGAAGAUGCGUUUAGUGGUAUGAGUCUGCUCGAGGUACUUGACCUUGCAGACAACAAGCUCACCUCGUUGCCGGAUAACACGUUGAUGUCACUGGAGUCCCUCCAAAAAUUGGACCUCAGCGGAAACCAGCUGCGAACAUUGGGUGCCAGGUGGUUUGAAACUCUUGGUAAAUUAAGAGAACUUGACGUGUCGCGGAAUGGUCUGUCACGAGCAGCAUCCGGAGCUCUGCAACCCCUGCCAGGACUGUCGGUUUUAAGAUUAUCUGAAAACCCUCUUCGGGAACGAGACGUGUCACUACUUCUGGGAACUGGUAGACGUUUAGAGACAGUGGACGCUUCGCAUACCGGUCUGGUCCGCGUGCCAGCUGCCCUCACGAGGUCAGUAAGGGCACUCCGACUGGCGGGUAACAAGUUGACUUCGAUUCGUGGAGGAGAUCUUGAUAGCUACCCGCUUUUACGCCUGCUCGAUUUAUCGGACAACCGGUUAAGUGUUGUAGAAGACGAUGCCUUAGGUCGUUUGGAAGCUUUGGAAGAAUUAAAUUUAUCAGGGAAUCUCUUAGCAACGGUACCUCACAGUUUACCCAACAGUUUAACUCUUCUUGACCUUGAACGAAACGCGAUAUCGGCUUUGAAAUUCAGCGACUUGCAGGGACUCUAUAACUUAAGAAUCCUUACACUCAACGACAAUGCGAUAGCGUUGAUCGAGGAGGGGUCGUUCAGCCAAUUACCGGCGUUGGAGGAGUUGAGUGUAUCGAAUAACCCGAUUAAAACGUUACCGGCUAAUACCUUCAGUGGACCGAUUAAUUUGGCGAAGCUUCGCCUGUCAGGGUUGAGUUCACUGAAUCGAGAACAACAGGAACAAAGGGACAUGGCUUUUCCAGUGCCAACCCCCGAAAGGUUGACGGUACUUGACGUUUCUCACAGCCCUGUGCUUGCAGCUCAACUCCUUACCGAUGAUGCAACACUCUCAGCAUGCAAGAGCUUAUCGGAAUUAAAUUUGGCUUACAUCGACAUUAUGGACAUUAGAUCCGAUCUUGUUUACGUCCUUCCGCAAUUACGGAACCUCGGUUUGGCCGGAAAUGACUGGAAUUGCAGCGGAGAAUUGUACUGGUUGGGUGAAUGGAUCAGACAACAUGGGGAGUUGGGUGAACCGGCUCGCUGUACCGACCCACUGGAUUUAGCCGGCUACCAUCUGUCGCAAAUGCCCAGUCCCCCAGUUCCCUCAACGACCAUAGAAACAGUAAAUCUUUCCGAUGGACCUAGCACAACUUCUACUCUCUCUACUGAAGAGGAAGAAGGAUCUUCUGAUUCAACUACAGUCAGCGAACUUUAUAAUUUAACAGAAGAUUCUUUGAAUGAGCAAUCAUCUACACUUGCUAAAAUCGUGCAUACCACUUCAAGAAUUCAAAUAUCUUUCGAAGAUAAUAAUAGGAAUAACAACCGGGUGGUUGGUUACACUUCGGAGCAGAAGAUAAAAGAAAAAAAGCAGAAAAAUGAGAAACGUUACAUGGAGAAAAUGCGGCUCAUGAAAGAAGACGUGAAAACUUCCAAUAAAGUUCUACCGAUGGCGAAGAUAUCAAAACUUGAGUCACGUUCGCCGGAAAAUAACGAUCAGCGGGAAAAGGAUAGUCAGUUCAGCGGCAAGGUGGGCGGAACGAACGAAGACGUGUCCUUAGCGAAUGACGUAUCGAAUACAGUCGCGCAAGAAUUGAGUGGACAAGUAACGGAUUCAGGUGCUCGAGUCUCCGAACCACUAUCAGCUGGAGCUCAUCCCGGAAUGUUGAUUUUGGCUGGAGCUGCUUUGGUAGCCGCAUCAGCUCUCACCGUCAUUCUAUCUCGUCGGGCCACAAUUAGUCGAAGAGAUCGGUAUCAGCGUCAGGAAAACAUCGAAGUUCACUCACUCGCCUCAACGACCGAACGCUGGUGACCGAGUUUCGAACGUGCUUGAUGAACUUCUCGCUUUGUUUCAAGUCGCACGAGGAUGACUUGAAUGCGGCUAGAGAUCAAAGGGUUUUCGACCGCCGAAUCUCACCGAGAAUUUCAAUAGUAAUUUUGUACGAAUUUAAUGAGUCGAUUAUAUAUAACGCUGAAGCAGCGACCGAAAACCCCUUUUGAAGAUCGGUAAACUCGAAACGGUCUUCCAAAAUUUUACAAUCACUAGAAACUGCUGAAAAUGAUCGUUGUUAGAUCGUCAGAACAAUUUUCGAAGAACAGUGACAAUAAUUAAACCACGUGCGACCAACUGGCGUGACUCUUGUGCGCAUUGAACACUUGCAAGAAAAAAUAGAACUUUUAAUAUGUGUUGUGACAACACGGUGUACAGAAUUGUUGCUCCAAACGUGAUUUUCCAAUUAGGCAAAUUACCACAAUUCCUUAUAAGAAAGGAACAGUAAUGAAGAGGCUAGAUAUUAUCUUUCUUAAAAUAACCAGUG